GCCCAGGAGUAAAACUGCAGGCCACCCGUCACAUUUCACACAGCAUGCUUGAAGGAGAAGAGAAGCGUUGAUCUGCAAAUGUCCUCGCAGCCGGCUGGGAGUGAGAUGCUUCACUAAGAAGGGGGCACACCUACCUGACCAUCAUGAAUAAACUGGCCAAAGCUCUGUACGAUAACACAGCAGAGUGUGCAGAUGAGCUGGCUUUCAGGAAAGGAGACAUCUUAACUGUGCUGGAUCAAAAUGUGUCUGGGACCAGCGAGUGGUGGAGAUGCUUGCUCUAUGGGCGGCACGGCCUGGCCCCUGCCAACAGGCUCAAGCUCCUACCACAACCUGUGGCCACGGAGAACUCCUUAAACCAAGAGACAGAACGGGCUAACGACAAUGGACAGAAUAUCUACCAAAUCCCAAGCGUGCCCAGAGUAAUCACCAGCCCUGUUUACGAACCCAUGAAAGCCAUCUACAAGGUCCCAUCUGCUCCUCCAUCAACCUCAAUAUUUUCGGUCCAGUCAGCAUUUCGACACAGCACAGAAGAACCUUCUGUAGACACGCCUCCAUUCUUCAACAUGGCAUCCAGCCCAAAAGGAGAGGUUUAUGAUGUUCCCUCUCAAGCAAGACCGGCCUCUUUUUUCACUGAAUCAUCAGUUUCCCAGUCAGAAAAACACUCGAUCAUUUCAAAUUCAGAGCUGGACAGGAAGUUUGGUGCUCGUGAGACUUUGAGGCCCAACAGUGCUGGAGAUUUUGAAAUAUCUGCAGCUCCACCACCUCUAGACCCAAACUAUGACAUCCCUGUUCCUUCAAGCUCAGAGCUUCAACAUAAAACUAUAACUGGGUACAGCACCCUCCCUAAUCUCAGAACGCCUGAGUGGAUCUAUGAUGUGCCUGCAGGUCUACCCCGACACAGCUACAACACCCUGUCCCCCAAAACCAUCUGCAGCCAGCCAACUGACACUAAUAUUUUAUGCUCUCCACUUAUUAAGAGAAACAAUCCGGCUUCCUCAUUGUAUGACAUACCAAAAUCCCACUCUCUUGAAGUCUCAAGUCCACCCAAACUUUUAUCCCGUGUCCCAUCUUUUGAAAAACCACCAACACUGCAGCUUAAUGAGGAGUUUGUGUAUGAUGUUCCACCAAGGAAAGAAGAACUCACCCAAGCUGCCAGUGACACGUCUUGUGGGAACCAACUCCUUGAGUGCAGGAGGGAUUCAAGCAUCACUUCUGAACUCAAACAAGUUUGUCAGCAGCGAAGAAGAAACUUGGACUGUAUGUCUUUCCAUGGCUUUUCAAGAAGUGAAGAACAAGUGGUGCCAGAGCAGAGAAGAACUCUGUAUCAGUCCUCAAGAGACAUCCAAAGGAUCAGCACAGCCUCCAGCUCUUCCAGCAGCUCCUCCACCAGCUCGUGUGAUUCUCUGGCUUUAAGCUCUUCUUCCCCCGAGCUUCUGCGUGAGGUCACACUCAGCCCUGACGAGGUCUGCCACAAACUGCUUGAAUUGCAGAACUCUGUUGUUAGGGCUGUGCCACAACUCAUGGUGUUUGUCAGCAGCAGCUGGAGGCAUCAGGAACAUCUGAAGAAACAUCUGAAGGAGAUCAGAGAUGCUGCAGAGCUUGUUUCACAGUCUCUCCUCUGUUUUCUAAACUUUACCCUGGACAUUAAAGGAAAUGCACGGCGCUUAACUGACACCAAUCUGAAGACCAGGCUCUAUAAACAGCUGUCCAUUGUAGAGGAUUCUGGUGUGAUCCUGCAACAAACAGUGAAAGCUCUGAACUCAGAAGGAUGGCCCCUUGACAAACUCUGUCAAGAUUCUGGUCAGGUCCAGACGCCUGACCAACUGGAUCGUUUUGUGAUGGUUGCACGGACUGUUCCGGAUGAUGUCAUGCGCCUGGUUUCCAUCAUCAACGCCAAUGGCAAGCUCCUAUUCAGAGUUCCUCAGAAAAGUGCGGAGCCAGUGAGCUCCCCGGCAACCGGGGAUGCAAAGAAAUGCUCUGAUGCAAACAAACAAGAUGAAGAUUCGGUGGAAGACAACAACGACUAUGUGGAGCUUGAGGCUAAGACUGAAGAAAAGAAACCAAAAGAAAUGAAAGAGACAGAGGCCGUUACACCAGCUUCCAAAACGAUAGGGCCUGAUAACCAGCAUCCCUCCUCUGACAAAGGCACAGAGGAACACAAAAAAUCCCCAAUGUCAGAACACUGCAGGCUUUAUUUUGGAGCUCUCCAAAAGGCGAUCGUGGGAUUUGUGGGCAGCGUUAGUGAUGGCCAGCCUCCAGAGAAAUUUAUCUCACAAAGCAAGCUGGUGAUCAUGGUUGGCCAGAGACUAGUGGACACCUUGUGCAGAGAGGCCCAACGGGAAAAGCCAAAUCAGACCCUGUUGUGUAAAAGCAACCACCUGUGUGCUCUCCUGAAACAGUUGGCGGUGGCCACCAAGAAGGCGGCGCUGCACUUCCCAGAUAAACAAGCUCUGAGCGAAGCCCAAGAGUUUGCAAAGGAGUUGGCCCAACGAGCACAGCACUUUCGCAUUUCUCUUGAUCUCUGAGAGACUCAGCAUCAGCAGAAAACAUGCAUCCAAGCGUCUUAGACUUUUGAGCCAUUUUUUUCCGAGUCAAGUCAAUGUGGAAAUAAAUUCAAGUCUUGUUUGAAGUGCUCAUAAAAGAGCAGACAAUAUUAGUACCAAGACAAAUUGCACCUUUGAAAAACUGCAUUCACGUCCGUUUAAAAAUGUAGUGUAAAUGUAAAGUGUUCGUCUCUUUUCAUCUUAUGUUCAGUAAAUAUUUUUCAUCGAGACUUUUUCAUUUUCUUUUCUCACUAUGUUAAGGGUUUGCCAAAGGUAGUUGUUUGAUACAUUCUGCUUUUUGGAAAAAUCUGUGUAAAUGAAUGUUUUGCAUGACCAAAGCUUGAAAGCAGGCUUUCCUGAAUCUAUUUGAUUUUAAUUAAAAAUAAAAACUGAAUAUUUUAA